AUGACUCAACAGUUCUCUAAAUUAGUGGAAAGUCUUGGAGCUCAGGAGAUUCUUGAUGAAUUUCCUGAAAUUAUUCCAGUACAAAAAAGACCUAAUACCCAUUCUAGUUCAUCGUCCAGCGAAGAAAGUAGUGACAAUGUUUUCUCAGGUCAUGAUGAGGAGCAAAUCAAAUUGAUGAAUGAAAAUUGCAUCGUCUUGGACUGGAAUGACGAAGCAGUUGGUGCAGGAACUAAAAAAUUGUGCCAUUUAAUGAAAAACAUCGAAAAGGGUUUACUUCAUCGUGCAUUCUCUAUAUUUAUUUUCAACGAACAAGGUGAAUUGCUAUUACAACAAAGAGCAUCAGAAAAGAUUACUUUCCCCGAUCUUUGGACAAAUACCUGUUGUUCACAUCCACUUUGUGUUGAUGAUGAAAUUGGUCUAAAGGGAACAUUAGAGAGUAAGGUUGAUGGUGCAAGAACUGCUGCCAUUAGAAAAUUAGAUCAAGAAUUGGGUAUCCCACAACAGCAGACUAAGGAACAUGGUCAAUUCCAUUUUUUGAAUAGAAUUCACUAUAUGGCUCCCAGUAACGAACCUUGGGGUGAGCAUGAAAUUGAUUACAUCUUUUUUUACAAGCUAAACAAGGGCCAAGAUUUAACGGUGCAACCCAAUUUGAAUGAAGUCCAGGAUUACAAAUGGGUUAACAAAAAUACUUUGCAAGAAAUGUUCAAGGAUUCAAACUUGAAGUUUACACCAUGGUUUAAGCUAAUCUGCGAAAGUUAUCUAUUCGAAUGGUGGGGCAAACUCGAUGACUUAUCAGGUGUGGAAAAUGAUCGUAGAAUUCACAGACUAUUGUAA